AUGGAAUUGUCAAAAGAUGUCAUUCAAGGCCUAACAAGCAUUUCAAAUGUAAACAUCAUUACUGAAGACAAUUUACAAAAUAUUUUAGGCAAUGUCAUUUCUCAUGUACAAGAGAAUUCCACAGAAAUAAAGUGCAUUGUCAAAGCAGCAGACACGAAAGCAAUUUUAACAAAGAAGAUCUUUGCUGACAUAUUAUGUUUGUUCGUAGAAGCAGCUCGGCAUGAUUUAGAUGAGGAAAGUUUGAAAAACUUCCUAUGUCAAGCAUGUAAUAACGAACAAAGAAGAAAGAAACUAUGCGAAACAUAUAUUAAUAAUAAAAAGAUAAUACAGUCUCGAUUGGAAUUAAUAAGCAAUAAUCCACCACAUAUUGUUGAUGUAGACUGGCAUUUGGACUAUCGCGUCAAGUUGGACACGUGCAAUUCACUGGGUGUUCCUCUUUAUCAUAUACGACUUAGGACUAAAGAACAUGAAAGGAUAAAUCAUAUAACAUUCUCAUGUACAAUACAGCAGCUGCAAGAACUAGUAUUUAAGCUUAAAGAUGCUAUCAGAUACUCAGAGAAACUGACUAAUGUAUAG